AACCGCUGCUUAGGUUCUGCUUGAUUACAAGUCGGCUGAUGCAGACAAGGAAUGAAGAUGUCACAGGUCCUCACCGAUGUACCUCAAGGUUUCAACUCUGCCGUGGAAGCCUUGAACACCCUUCCUCAAGACAUCCUUGUUGAAAUGUGCCAGGAUGUAGCAGCAUUUCUUCAACACAAGGUUUCGUUACUUCCUGUGGAACAAUAUCAAAAGUGUCUUCACAAUGCUGGGAUAUCAUAUGAUGCCAAGCUGUUAAUAAAUGCUGUUAGCUAUAUAUUCAGAUCUGCAGCCAAGGCCAAGCUGCCUGCUGAAAAACUAAUUGCAGAACUAAAAGCAUCUUUAUGUUGGAAGGAGGCCACUCUUUCAGUUAUCAAGCAUGUUUGGAAUGAGCAGGGGAAGAUAUUAAGCAGCUCUGACUUGAUGCAAACUCUAAAUGUGGGACAGUUGCUCAACAUGAAAUGGAAGCUAUCUGUUGGUGUGAGUUCUAGUUCAUGUCGCAGUCUAAAUUCUCCCUACAUUACAGCUUUAGUAACAGUCACAGAUCCUUCUGGCACCCCCAGUACUAAGUCCUUUGAAAUGACAAUUGGUGAAUUUAAGAAAUUUGCAUCUCAAAUGAAGGAGAUUGCAUUAGUGCUGGAGACAGUAUAACCUGGUGUCAGUUUGUCGCUCCUAAAUGAGUGAGGAUAAGAGCUAAAGGACUUUGAAGUGCAAACCACAAGCUUUGAACUAUAGCCAAGUGGUUUCGAUUUCAACUGUACUGUAAAUAUUGCUACAGUAAUUAGUUUGUAUCUUUAUGCCGUCUUCCAAUUUCUGUAGUUGAGUUUAUCAUCAUCAUCAUCAUCAUUAUUAUUAUUUUUCCUACUU